AUGGAGCUGGAUGAAGUUCGCCUGCGGUGCUUGUUGGAUGAAGCAGUCGGCGCUGCCCAGCAGGCAGGGAAUUUGAUGCUGGAAUGCUUUGGGCGCAGCGAUGCGCCGGGAGUGGAAGAAAAGACCUCGGUGGCGGACCUGGUGACGAAGUACGACCGACAAGUGGAAGACUUGGUGCUGGCGCGCUUGAGGGCGUGCGCCCCGGACUUCCGGGUCGUGGCAGAGGAAACCGCGAACACCGAGGAGCUGACGGACGCCCCAACCUGGGUGGUGGAUCCCAUUGAUGGCACCACGAACUUCAUCCAUCGCCAGUCCGAAUGCUGCGUGCUGAUUGGUCUGGCGGUGCGGAAACGCCCGGUGCUGGGCGUGUGUUUCAUUCCGAAGAUGGAUGAGCUAUAUACAGCCAUCAAAGGGCAUGGGGCCUUCUGCAAUGGGCGGCGAAUCAGCUGCAGUGGCUGCGAGGAUUUGACGAAGGCUUUAGUGAACCUCCAUAUGCCCUCGUACUCGCGAGGUCCCAAAGUGGUGGAGCGAAUUUUAGGCGUUACUCGAGACCUCUUGGCACAUCCCGUGCGCGGCGUGCGCUGUGGCGGCUCUGCGGGGGUCGAUAUGAUCCACGUGGCACGGGGGCGCUUGGACGCCUACUUCGAGGUGGGCAUCUAUCCAUGGGAUGUCUGCGCUGGGGCAGUCAUCGUGGAGGAAGCAGCUGGUGUUUGUUUGGACACCAUGGGCGGUGACUUUGAUUUGAGUUCCCGCCGUAUCCUGGUGGCGUCCUCCCCGAAGUUGGCGCAACAAGUGGCAGGUAUUUUGCAGAGACAGCGUUACGACACGGUGGAUGCUGAAAACUAUGAGAGUGAAGGUUUUGGCGAUGCGAAAAAGAGGAAGACCCAAUGUGAAGAAGAUGCCCAUCCCGGUCGGGAGCCGAGAAUCACGAUUUUCCGGGUCCGUUGGCGCCUUGGUUCUCCAAAUGACUUGACCAAGCAGGGUCCGUCGGAUGCUCCACAGCUUUUUUCAGCCCAAGACAGUGACCCGGCUAUUGCGUCGACGCGCUCAGCCAAGGUGGUCUCACUCGGCUGGGGCAGCUGGGGCACCAGUUUUCUUCCUCCAGGUGUUGAAGACAUGCCGCGACAUGGCUCUGGUCUCAAACUGAUUGUUUUGGGCGCUGGCCUUUUGGUCUUCCUGCGGCCCUUGGCCUUCUCGGCCCCAGGCCGGAGCCGAGUGCCCCGAGCCGCUGAGAGCAGCGCGGCGGUGGUGACCGAGGAGGAUCAGUAUGCGGAGAUGAUGCGCAAGAAGAAGGAGGAGACUCUAGAGGCAAUCCAGAAGGCAUCGGAGCAGGACGCCCCCGUGGGAGAGGAUUUGGGCAAGUUUUGGGUCAAUCAACCUGGCCAAUUGUCCUUCGAGAUCCAGUUCAACCGUGGAGACCGCGUCAAGGACUUGCGGAGCGUCAUCCAGAAGGUGACAGGCAUCCCUCCAGAGGCCCAAGAGAUUCGCGCCAACGGCGAGCUGGUGAACAAAGAAGCGCAAUUCCUCGAAGCCUUGGAUUUGUCCGACAUUUGGGUCAUGGAUGACCGGGACGACUCUCCCGAGCGGGGCGAGUGGAAUCCAGAUCCGGAAGAGGACAUGAGCCCAUGGUCGAGCCCCUUAAAGAUCGGCGUCUACAUCUUCACUGCGGUGCUCACCAUUUUCUGGGUGACGCAGAUUGCAGGCGUGAAUCCUUAUGCCAACUGGCCCGAAGGUCCUCGUUUGGACUGGUCCCAGAUUCCAGAAGAUUUGCGACCGGGCGGAAACCCCAUGCAGCGUCCGCAGGCGCUGGGGGUGGAGCAGGACAGGCAGGACAAGAUGCUCAACGAGCGCAAGAAGUCCAUGUUCUGA